CCGUUGACAGAUUGAAUUCAAACCGACGAAUUACCGCUCUGCGUUUGACGAUCGGCACGAACGAACGAAUACGCGCCGAAAACUGACGCGUCGAGCCGCGGAAAGGAUACUCGGCAUCAACCUAAUCCAAUCGUAUCGUCGAUUCCCGCGUAUUGGUGUCCUCGACUGAUUGAGUGAAACAGUGAGUGAAAAUCAUCGGAAAACGUGCGUUCAUCACCAAAGCCGCCGUCAGCAGCAGGAUGAGCUCGAACGCCGCCGAUAUCGCGGCAGGCCAAGCGAAGGCCACUCUCACGGCUCAGACUGAAAAGCCUAUCCAUUACACAUACCUCAAAGAAUUCCGCGUGGAACAGUGUCCGCAGUUCCUGCAGCAUAAAUGUACGCAGCACAAGCCUUUCACCUGUUUUCAUUGGCACUUCAUGAACCAGAGGAGGCGUCGACCCAUUCGAGACCCGAAGUCAAAAAGUUUCAACUAUUCACCCGACGUCUACUGCACCAAAUACGAUGAAACCACCGGGAUCUGCCCUGACAGCGAUGAGUGUCCUUUCCUCCACCGCACGGCCGGAGACACGGAACGGCGAUACCAUUUGCGCUACUACAAAACAGGGAUCUGUGUCUACGACACGGACGCCCGCGGCCACUGCGUUAAGAAUGGACCCCACUGUGCGUUUGCGCAUGGCCUCCACGACCUGAGGAACCCAGUGUACGACAUUCGGGAAAUUCAGGGAAAAAUUCUUAGUGAGGAUGGGAGCGAGAUCGACGCCAAUGGUGUCCUGGUGCCCAAUCUCGACAAGGACCGCAACGCAGUCAGUGAAGACCCCCGGUGGCAAGACACCAACUACGUGCUCGGCAACUACAAGACCGAACAAUGCAAAAGACCUCCGAGGCUCUGUCGCCAGGGCUAUGCGUGUCCACAGUAUCACAAUUCUCGGGAUAAGCGAAGGCCCCCUCAGAAAUUCAAGUAUCGAAGUACUCCCUGUCCAAACGUGAAACAGGGAGACGAAUGGGGAGACCCAGCUCACUGCGAUAGCGGAGAUCAGUGUACGUACUGCCACACACGUACCGAGCAACAGUUUCAUCCUGAAAUCUACAAAUCCACAAAAUGCAAUGACAUGCAACAAACAUCGUUCUGCCCCCGGGGGCCCUUCUGCGCUUUCGCCCAUGUAGACAAAGAAAUGAGUGCUGUCCGCGAAGUAGGAUCGGACGCUACGAAUUUGGCCACUAUCCUUUCAAACGUACUACCGCAGUCACCCUCACCCGGAGCGAACAAGCCUGAAAACGGUCAGGUUAUGUCGUCUAUGGGACCAGACUUGGUAGCGUUUAACAGUAUGGGACCAAUCGGACGGCCUCGCUCCUACAGCACGUCUCACGCAGCAGCUGUACAACAUCAUUUGCAACUCAAAACUAUGGAGUCGGCGCUCCCGCAUUAUCAGAAAGCGCCGGGAUGCGAGCGGGAAGAACACAAUGCCAUGCGCAAGCAUCGCGCAAAGACGAUGGACGGAUCGGCUAAGGAAUGGGCAUCUAUUGCGAAUAGUUAUAGUUUUCCCAACACGGUCGAGUCCGUUGUCAAUAAGGCGCUGGACGACCUCAACCUGGAAGAGAUUGACGUAGAAGCGUGUCUCGACAAGGACCUAGUGGAGGAGUGCUCCAACUCAAAUCCUAUGGCGUCCUCUCUCAACCAGGCGCUUGUCAGUUCUGGCUUUAUCCCCAACCCCAAUGGAUUGCCCAAUCCCAACGGAAUCCCGAACAGUCAACCUGUUAACAUUCCCGGGCGAGAGAGGCCCGCGUCCCCACCUAGCUCCAUGGGCGGUUCAAUCGAUAAAUCUGCCGCAGCGUUUUAUGGCUCACCUUUCAAUGCCACCGGAUUCGGAACGUACAGUGGAGUCGGAGCCACUCAACCGUCGCAGUCACCCUCUACUCGUCUUUGGGAAACGAAUCAAGGUCUCAAUGGGCAUUUGACGAAUUGGAGCGAUUCGCAACUCGCCCAAAUCAGAGCCGUUUGUGAAACAUACAAGAACCAGGCUGAGGAAGCCAUGCGGCGCGAAAAAGUUGCUGAGCAGCAGAGGGACGACGCUAUCCGGGAGCUGCAGAAACUGCAAGUAGAUAUUCAACAAAGGCCAUUUGGUCUUCGUUCGGUGGAUCUCGACCAGCUGUCUCCUCAGCAAAUCCGGGUGCUGCAGGAACAGUUGCGUUCAGAUCUAGAUGCUCUCGACAAAGUCAGCCAUCUGCAUCAACAACAGCAGCAACAACAACAUCAGCAGGACAGACUACGGAUGGGUCUGCAGAUGGGUGCUCACCACCUCCCCGACCGAGAUUUCUGGACCCCGCCUGGACGAGGCCACUGUUGAAGCACUGAGGUAUAGAUUCCGGCUAGAAUCGGAGAUCGUGCGAGAAGAGUCCUCUCAGAAAAGAUGAUACAAUGUCGUAGAUUACAUCGGACUACAAUACGGACACGAAUCGAAUGACCAACCGAGCAGAGAAGCAAUGUGUGAAUAACAAGGCUCCGGAAGCACAAUUCAAGGUAUCUUUCGAACGGCUCGGGUGCACCGGAAGAGACAUAGGAGGGACAUGAAAUUUUCGGGUAAACUCUCGACAGGGCACAACUAGCGGAAGCUUGAAACGAAAGACAUCACUCGAUUGACAAUAGCUAUUACGGAAUGAGCAGCCAGGCGUGAGGAGUCGUGGAACGUCUCGGCCCACGAACAAGCUCACGGAUGAUUGUAGAUGCUGAACGCGUAUACAACGGAAUUUGAUGAGAUGGAAGAGAGUACAUGAACGAGGAAAUCACAAAUUUUCGUUCCAAUCGGUCUCCGUAUCGUUUUAGAAUCCAUUUCAAAUU